UGCCGCAUUUCCUUUAUUCUCUUUCUUGUUUCCAGUAUGGGGCCAAAUCCAUCGCCAUGUCCGCAUUAACCGGACGAGUUUUAUUUGGAAGCCGGCAAUGUCGCCCUGCCUUCGUUUCGUCCCGUUGCUUUUGCUGCCGUUGCUUGGAGCUCAAGUGAAAAGGAAAGAAGUGAUUGGGACCAUUGGUUCAUCGGUUUUUCUGGAUCCUGAACACCAAGGUGAUCUCAGCAGGAGUGCAACUUUAUGGACCUUCACUGUCAACAACAAAAGCCCUGUUACUAUUGUGGAUUACGUUCCAAAUCAACCUGUGGAGGAACCAAAUGAACAAUUCAGAUCCCGUUUAUGGUUUAACGCUUCUAGUGGCUGGCUGCUGGUACGCAUACUGAAACCCGAGGAUCAAGGCAUUUUUAGUUUUGUCAUAGAUGAGAGAAAGACAAGUAUAAUAGAAUUGUUUCUCUACUAUAAGCUGUCAGAAAUUGUGAUAAGGAGCAACAGAGCCCCCGGUUACAUCAUCCAACUCACCUGUGACGUUGCUGGAAACCCUCAUAAAUAUGAAUGGCAGAAAAAUGGAGGGGAAGUCUCCGAGGAUCACUGGCUCAUUUAUGGGAACAGAAGCCUUGUCAUCCCGACAAAUGAAUGUGGAACGUACACCUGUAUCGCUACCAAUCCUGUCAGCUCUGACCAGGCAAAUUACACUGUAACUCUCCCUGGUAUUUCUGGGGCGGACUCUAUAAUUAUUAUCGCAUCGAUCACAGGACUGGUAUCUUCUUUGGUACCUCUCAGUGGAUUCUUGCUUCUAUCGUGGUUGGAGAAGAAAUCAAAGCAAGCGUCUCAGAGCCUCAUUAUCUGCAGCAUUCUGUCUUUUGUUGCUACCUUCAUCACCCUCAUAUCCUGGAUUGCGAUUAAAGAUGCUGCCUUUGUACCUGCUGUUGCUUUAGGCACUGUCUCUGCCCUGCUUUUGGUCAUAAUUGCACCAAUUGUUAUUCCGAAGUUAGGCUGCUCAUUUAAAGGGAAAUUCCAAGGAAAGAAAGGAUCUCAACCUUUCGUUUUCUUGAGUGGCUUCAUUAUAAUCCCCAUUACAAUCGUUAUCUUAAAGGAAGAGAUUCAGCAAAACAAUCAAAGUUGUCACACCAGUAUUUUAACGUGGAGCAUACCUAUUGCAUUAUUGGCCAGCUGUGUUAUUAUAGUCUCUGUGUUCCUUGCAACAUAUCGCUACAGAAAUGAAGAUACAAGCAUUGAAAUAAAACAGCAGGGUAAUGAAGACUUAUAAGAUUUCAUUAUUGUUGACGUAGAGCUGGAUGCUGCACCUUAUUCUCUUCAGACUAUUGUUACGGACUCAGUAAAUGUCCCUUUAAGAUAGAGAGAGAGAGAGUGUGUGUGUGUGUGUGUGUGUGGCGUGCUUACGUCAAUAGAAGAUAAAGGACGUAAUGACGUUAUUGAAGAAGUCAGAAGAAAGAAGAGAGAGGAGAGAGAGAGAAGGGAGAGAGACACCAGCCUGCUAGUUUUCUCUAUCGAUGGAUGAGAAACAAUAACUGUGUCUGCCACUGAAAUCCAUGUAUGGAAAUUGGAAGUAAUCCGGUGGAGUUCACUUUGUUGCUGACCUGUAGAAGGAAACAGGUAUUUGUGUGUGGACGACCACGAUUCGGAUGCUUUUCGGGGUGAGGAAGUUACUACCGAGUAAACACUGAAGUGUCGUUUGGGUUCCAUCGUGGAACAUUUGGAUUUCGUAAUUACUCUCUCUCUAUGUUUCUCUACGUCUACAUCUUAUCUUCAGACAACGGUGGUUGUUGAAGAAGCGUUUGCUGAUGUUUCACCUUAUGGCUUGCGGAACUGAACUUUAAGAACCAUUCCUGAACUUGGAGUUUGGGACUUCGCCACACACACACGAAGAGUUUAGUUUUUGGGGUUAAUGUUCAAGGUUUAACAUUUUUGAAUUCUAACAUACUAACAUUUUUACUUUUAUGUAUUAUCAUAAGUAGUGAUUAAUAAAAUAAUUUUUAACACUGAA